AUGGCUCGCUCCUUUCCAUUUGUCAUUCUGAUAUUUCACCUCCUUUGCAUGCAAAUACUAUGUGGGCAAGAAGAUAUGAAGAUUUUCUUUAAAACUACUGUUCACAUUACAAGCGCAGUUGGGGGUCAACUACGGUUUCGUUGCCAGUCCGGAGACGACGAUCUUGGAAAUCAGACGCUUAGCUUUGGUCAAUAUUAUGAUUUUCAUUUCAAUCCUUCUAGCUAUACCCUUUUCUUCUGUCAUUUUUACUGGAAUUCCAAGGACAAAAGCAUUGAUGUUUACAAGCAAAGCCUAGCCGGUAAAUGUGAACAUCGUCUUGUGCAUUAUGACUGCUUCUGGCGUGUGACACCCAUCGGUUUUUAUCUUAGUAGGGAUGACCAGCAUUACCAGCUGAUAAAUUCUUGGUAA